CCGUCAGCAUUGGUCUGGCUGAUCAGCGGGGGGGAAAUGUAUCGGUCGUAAAAGGUCUUCUUCUUUUCUUCCUGCUGGAGUACAAACGCUGUUGUGGGAAAUAUGCUCAGCCAUCAGCACCACAUCUUACGGGGAAAAUUAUGGGGAUUAUGCGUUCUCUUGCCUCUCAUUAGCCCCCUUUCCUGCUUUGCAAAUUUCAACCAGGCAAAGGAACUCAUCUAUAAAAUCAGAGAAGGAUUACCCAGGGGAACCCUGAUAGGCGCCAUUGGUGUGGACUUACACUUGGAUUUCAAUGUUGAUCCUCCUCUUUUAUUCAAUCUGGCUUUAAAGAUUAGCCGGCAGUAUGUGGACCUGAAUAACGCUACGGGCGAGCUCUACACAUCUGGCAACGUGAUAGACAGGGAGACUCUGUGCCAGGAUGUACAGGGGGCCCAACACUGCUCGUUGACCUUGGACAUCAUCAUCCUGCCCCAGCAAUACUUCCAACUGGUCAAAGUCAGGAUCGUGGUGGAGGACGUGAACGACAACGAGCCCAGAUUCUUAUCGGAUGAGAUCAAGCUCUUUGUCCCAGAGAAUGCGCCGGUCAACGCUCGGUUCGCUAUGGAACAGUCAGCGGUCGACCCCGACGUGGGGAUUAACGGGGUUCAGACCUACUGGCUGGUCGACGACUUUGAGGUGUUCACCUUGGAUGUGGAGGAGAGCGAGGGCGGGGAGCUGACCCCCAUCCUGAUUGUGACAGGUCCGCUGGACCGGGAGACCAGAGACGAGUACGAGACCAGCAUCAUCGCAGAGGACGGGGGGACACCCACCCUCACGGGGACAGCCACGCUGAGGAUCGUCAUCACCGACCUCAACGACAACUGCCCUCAGUUCAGGGAGAAGCAGGUCAACAUCACGCUGUACGAGAACACCACCAAAGGCUCGCACCUGGCACAUCUCCACGCCCACGACCCUGACCUCGGUGCGAACGCCCAGGUCACCUACGCCUACAGCGAGCGGGUGCCCCGGAACAUCCGGACCCUGUUUCACCUGGACAAGGUCACUGGGGUCAUCAAGCUGGCCGGCAAGAUCGACGCCAGCACCGGCAAACUCUAUAAGCUGACCGUCCUGGCCAACGGGCCUGCCUGCAUACCUGCCGUAGCCAUGGUGAUGGCACGCAUCAUCAAGGUGUCUUCUGGCCCGCCGUCGGUGAUCCCUCGAUACAUUGCCUUGGAGAAGGACGGUGUAGUGUGGCUGAAGGAAUCAGAGCCGCCAUCUUCCCCCAUCGCCUUCUUCACGGUGAAGAAUGCGGCUGAGCCGCGGCAAAAGGUGGAGUGUCACCUUGAAGGCGAGGGCCCUUUCAGGCUGACCCCUUACAAGCUGCUUACUGAUGAGUAUCUACUAGAGACCACCGAGGCCCUGGACUACGAGCAGAGGCAGGAGUAUGAGCUGACCGUGGUGGCUAGGAACAGCCAUAGCAUGGUCAUCAAGACCUUUAUCAGGAUCCAGGUGGCGGAUGAGAAUGACAACGCACCCGUUUUUAAGCAGGCUCUGCUGGAUUUGUUUGUGGAGGAGAACAACCCACCGAACACCUUCCUGGCGAAGCUGCACGCCACGGAUGAGGACAGCGGGAGCCGGGGGGAGGUGAUCUACCUGCUGGGCUCUGACGCACCGCCUAUUUUCAGCUUGGACCGGGAGACGGGCGUUCUGACCGUGUCCACGUCUCUGGACCGGGAGGAGAAGGAGAAGUACCGGUUCACAGUACGCGCGCUGGACCGUGGGUCGCCGCGCAAGGAGGCCGUCGCCACGGUCAUUAUAACCGUGGUGGACCGCAACGACAACAGCCCGCGCUUCAUCAACAAGGACUUCACCUUCUUCGUGCCGGAGAACUUCCCCGGUUUUGGUGAGAUUGGUGUGCUUUCAGUCAUUGACGCUGACACGGGAAAGAACGGCUGGGUCGCACUGUCCAUUGUCAACGGUAGUGACAUCUUCAUCAUCGACACAGGGAAGGGUGCCCUGAGAGCCAAGAUGCCCCUAGACCGGGAGCAGCAGGGGACCUACUUCCUGUGGAUCGAGGCUGUGGACGGGGGCGAGCCUUCACUCUCCUGCAUCACCAUGGUGACGGUACUGCUCCUGGACGUCAACGACAACCCACCCCUUGUCCUGUUCCCGCAGUCCAACCAGUCCUACAUGUUGGUUCUACCCAGCACCCAGCCGGGAACAGCCAUAACUGAGGUGUACGCCGUUGACAAAGACACGGGCAUGAAUGCUGUCAUAGCCUACAGCAUCAUCAGGAGGAAGGGUGGAGAGCAGGGGUCCUUUGACAUCGACCCCGACACGGGCAACAUCACACUGAGGAAGACGCUCAAUGACAGGGGCCUCUAUAGCCUCCUAGUCAAGGUGAGUGACCAUGGUCAGCCCGAACCUCUCCACUCCACAGUGGUGGUCAACCUGUUUGUCAAUGAGACGGUCAGUAAUGAGAGCUACAUCCAGAGUCUGCUGAUGAAGGAGGAGGAUAUAGAGAUUGAGGAGGCCUCCGUGGACAGGCAGACAGUAGGCCCCAGAAAGGACAAGGGGUUCCCGUGUCAGGUCAUGCUGAUGGCGCUCUCCGCCACCUGCCUGGGCCUGCUGCUGCUGGUGGUGCUCCUGACCACCUACAUCUGCUGCAAGGUGAAGACGCACAAACACAGCAAGGUGCCCAGGAAAAAGGAGGUGGACAGUGAGUUUCAGGACGUCGACAGGAAGCUAAUGGAGAUCUCAAAUGUAUGACCGUGCUGUUGUGCUUUAGGGCGGGGAGGAGUUGGGGGGACUAAGGUUCCUACCCCAGCUGUUUACAAGACUUUCAACACUCCAUAAGGAGAGGCAUUUAUUUUAUUUCUACAGAGGACCUAAUUUAUGAUAACAAAAAUGAAUAUAUUGUACAUAGUGUAAUGUUUUAUAAUUUUUGUAACAAGGGGAAAAAGCAGUGUUCCUUUAUGUGCAUGGCACAUAAACCUAAGUCUCACACUCUCCCACCAGGCUUUGAAAACAAACUUCAUCCCACAAGUAAAAAAUUGAAUCAUCACUUCAGAAAUGUAAUAUUGCCUUUACCUGAAAGCAGCAUCAGAAUAUCAGUGCAGAAUAUCUGAUAAAUGUCUGGUUCAUAUCUCUCAAAAAGGAAUAUAAUCCCUUUUCAUCCAAAAUGCUCAGAUCGUUUUGUGUCCUUCUCCAUCAAUAGAACCCUGCGAGUCCCUCGCAGACGUUUAAACCCUAUUUAUUCUGGAAUGAUCUUUGCACAUUUCCCUUUAACUUCAGGUUCUCAGGUAGAAAGUUGAGCCAUGUUUGUCACAUGUGUGUUAAGUUUAAGCAAGCGAUCCUGUUCUACCCUCAUUUAUGGCUUUACACCCUGGGUCCAUCUUGUCAAUAUUAUGUACAAACAAAAUGCAAAUAUUAAAAAUGCCUUUAUUUUCAUAGUUAUAUGAA